AUGGAUGUCUACGACUCCCUUUCGCGUCACUGGGACCGUUGGAAACCAGACGUAGAGCGCACCGUCAGUCUACUGUCAAUGAACCUUGACCGUCUAAACGUUACAAGUCUGCUUUCCAUGCUAUGUAACGAGCAAACAAACGACGUGGACUGCGGUGUCAUGGUACUCAUCAAUUCUGCCUACUUGAUCAUCGGGAGGCGCUUGCCUUCCCGUGUGGAUGUAGCCCUCUGGCGGCGCACUCUCAUGGCCUUCAUUCCAACAUCGGGGACAGAGGCUCCUUGGAAUCUGCACGCAGACCUUGACGACAUGGAUGUGGAGAUACCUGACGAGCCCAGUACGUCAAAGCUUCCCAAGCUCUCGAAACGGGGGUUCCAGGAGGCGAGAGCUAUUCGGCGCCAAUGGGAAGAAACCAUGACUAGGCUAUUCAAAGAGAAGUCAGCAAGCAGCGUUGCCCAGUUGGCGACUUACGGGGAGGAUGUAUCCGAGGUGCUACACGCAAUUACAGCCAUUCAAAACAAUCAGACUCCCGAAGCCAUCACUGCAGAGCUGUCAGCACUCAACGCCGAAGUGAGCAAGCGAGGCGAUGUCAUCAGACAGCUCCUUGACCUCCCCAACCGAUCCGCAUGCGAGAACAAUUGCAUUGCAGAGCAGAGAAGGCAGCGGAGGUUCCUGAAGCGUCGGCUCUGUGACAUUCGGAAUGGCACAACUGCGUUGGGCACCGCACGAGAACAGCUAGAGGUGGAAAAACGGGACGUAGAGAUCCGGAUUCAACGAUUAAGAGACCUUGACUUGUAG